AUGCGUGCUAUGAAUACAGUUUGUGACAAAUUAGAAGAUAUCGCAAAUGUUAGGAUGGAUACGACCGAGCAGCAUGUUGAUGCAAGUGAUUCACUAGUAAAAAAAGAUGCUAGAGACAUACGAAGACUUUUAGAGUGGUUCUCAACGCAUGAUCCUUUUCCAGAGGUUAACAAAAUCGUUUCUAUUGCGAGUGGUGUCGUUGGUGACGAUCAAGAGGUAGCUUCGACUUCGUCCAAGGCAAAUGAUCAUGCUACGCAGAAAGUUAUUCCACCACAAGAUAAUAGCUAUUUUAUCGAACGCGGUGAAGACUUACUUUCAUUCAAAAAUAGUAUGCGGGAAAAUGCGCUUGUAAAUUAUUACCCAGAUUCCUUCACCUCAUCUAGUAGAAAAGAACCAUUUUCUCCUGACUUUUCGGAAUAUAUCCCUUCCGACCAGGAUGUUUCAAAAAAUAGUUCUCAACAUUCUUCAGAACAUAAUAUUCCUUUACAAGAGAUACCAACAGCUACAAACAUAUCUGAAAAUAUUACCACUCCCGAAGGGACAGCCAUUAAAGUGAAAAGGAAUGUUCCGAAAAAAACUAAUCCGGGUAGAAAUCGAGGUCAUAAUCGAGAAAACUGGAAACGCAACUUAACAUUAAGAGGACGUGGUCAACUGAAACUAGCAUUACAGGCAUUACGUAAUAGGGAAGUUGGCUUAAAUGAAGCAAGCACAAUUUACGGUGUACCAAAAGCUACAUUAAAGAAACGACUUGGUGGCUCAAAUCAAACAGCCAAAGAAGAAAAACAAACGCCAGGUUCUGCAGGUGAUCUCACACCUGAAUUGGAAGAAAAGUUGUAUCAACAUAUUCUAGAAAUGGAAGCCUGUUUGUACGGUCUAACACCAAAAGAUGAUUAUGAGUUCGUUACUUUACCUGAAGAUAACGACAACUUACCGGCUAUUGAGAAUGAGAACAUGAUUGUGGAUCCUUUGUUUUCAGAGCUUAAUGAUGUAGAUGACAAUGGAAUACCAAAAGAUGUUACCUCGGAUGAUCCACCAUUUUCGUGCACCAGUGUUGAAUCUACUGAUGUAAAUACGAUGCAAACAAUACCGUCUGCUUCCAAAACCCCCGUUAUACCAAGCCCUGAUUUAUCGGAUAAUUGCAACAAUAUAAAUAUUCAACCUGAAACACCAAUCAUAGCAACAAAAGAAGUAAAACAAUGGCAGUCACUUCCAAGCACUAGCUCAGAAUUUCAAAUUUUUAGUGUAACUCCGACUGCAAAGAAAGUCAUGCAAGAAUUGAGAAAAGGAAGUCGUAAACCACAAUCGGCAAUAGAAUUAACUGCUUCCCCAUAUAAAACACAAUUGGAAGAGUCAAAAGCUAAAGCAUUAUAA